CGGCUCGAGUGGGGAGGGGGGGUGAGCAGGGAGGACGAAAGAGAGAGAAGGGAGGAGGGAGCAGAGAGGAGAAAGAAAGGAGGAGGGAGCAGGGAGGAGGGGGCAGAAGGGACCAGGGCACGGGGAGGUGGCAGGCCCGGCCCGGUCGCUGCGCCCUCCCCGGGCGACUCCUUGGCUAGCAGGUCCUCGCCGCGCCACCAGCCCGCACUCCUCCCGCCUGCCCGCAGCCCGCCCGCCCGCGCCUUGCUCGUCCCGCUCCUCUGUUCCCAGGCUCCGGGACCCUCUCCGCGCCGGGAGAGAUGAGUGCGGCUACGGCGCCCGAGCGCGGGUGGAAGAGCGAGAAAGUGGACGAGGCGCAGGCCCUGGCGCGGAGCUGCGCCGCCCGCAGACCCGACUUCCAGCCGUGCGACGGGCUGUCCAUCUGUGCCACGCACAGCCACGGCAAGUGCUUCAAGCUGCACUGGUGCUGUCACCUGGGAUGGUGUCACUGCAAAUAUGUGUAUCAGCCUAUGACCCCCGUGGAGCAGCUCCCCAGUACGGAGAUCCCCGCAAGGCCACGGGAGCCCCCCAACACCAUUCAGAUCUCGGUCUCACUCACUGAACAUUUUUUGAAAUUUGCAUCGGUCUUCCAGCCUCCGCUUCCUCCCGACUCUCCAAGGCACUGUAUGAUUUCCGAUCUCUUCCUCGACAGCUAUCAGGUUAAGUGCAUCAACGGGAAGGUGUGCUACGUGCAGAAGCAGCAGGCGCCCCCUUCCCAGAAGAUGAGCCCCGAGGAGGUCUCUGCACAUGAUGCCUUAAUUUCUAAAGAGGGUGACACGCCAAAACUGGGUCACUGCUCCUCCCCUUCCAGUUCUGAGGACUCGGGGAUCAAUGCAAUUGGAGCUCACUAUGUGGAGUCCUGCGACGAGGACACGGAAGAAGGGGCAGAACUGACUUCUGAGGAAGACUACAGCCCUGAGAGCAGCUGGGAGCCCGAUGAGUGCACCCUUCUCUCGCCAUCUCAGUCGGAUCUGGAGGUGAUCGAAACGAUGGAAACCACUGUGUAGUCAGCGGGGAGCUUCUGCCAGCGGGACCCCCACCCC